AUGUCUGCAAUCCCAAUACCACGGAAGACGUCAAGCGAAACAUACGACGUUGAUGGAUUUAUCGAUCAACUGCUCGCAUCUCGAAAAUUCGAUGAACUUACCGAAGUGUUCGCCGACAAAACUGCAUAUAAAAUAAAAAAUCUAGAUAAUCCACCAACCACUAGAACAGAUAUCGAAAGGAUAAGAUGGAGUAAAAAAUCCCACAAAAAUACCGACAAAGAACAAUUUAAAGAUGAUCACACACAGACCGAGUUAAUCAGCAUUAAAUUACGUGAUGACGACACGCACAGUAAGGAAAGUCGAAAGCGAAAACCUAUAAUAUCCCUCAAGGAUGGUGAGGUAUCACCUAAUGAAAAUUUAAGACUUAAAUACAAAUAUCUAACAAAAAACGCAAAGACAAAAAAUUCCACAGACCACAAUAGAGUUAUGAUUCUUGAGAAGAAAGAUAACAAUGAGGAACACGCGUUAAAUGAUAAUGAAAAUGAUGAUCUUAAAGAAGAAGCUAAAAAUGAAGAUCAAAAUGAUUCAAAUGGAAGCCACGAGAAGCAUGAACAGUAUCACAAUGACAGAGAUGGUGAUUUACAUUAUAAAAAUGCUAAAAUCGAUCACGUAAGGGAUAAAGAGGACCACAAAUAUGAACAUAGUUUCCAAGAAGAUCUGAACAAAUCUGAGAAUUUUCAUUUACAAAUGGAUGACAAUGCAAAAGAUGGAACUCACCCAAACGAAGAACACACAGACCGUGUCAGACCAGAAUUUAAAAUUAAAGCUUACAGCGUGGAACAUGAGCACGCACAUAAUACAUCAGACGAAAUAAGUGAAGAGAACUUUCAAGGUGUCGCUUCAGACGAGAAAAGUCAUGAAGAAAUCGAUCAUAGAAAGGAGGUGACUCUAGUAAGAGAACCUACAACCACGAGCUUUAAAGUGGAAGCGGUCACCAAUGUUACAAAUAGCACCAUACAAAAAGAUCAUACUAAUGAUGACAUGAUCGGCACUGCACAUUUUAGAGCUCAGGUUUCAGAAGAACAAGUUCAGGCGAAGAGUGAAGAAAAAGAAAGACGAAUUAGAAAUUUACCUGACAGUGAAUUGAAGAAAUUACUAAAACAACAUCCAACAGAUAAAGAAAUGCGAACAUUAAAUGAUAAGCUCGAGUUCACACAAGUUAAGCAAGAUAGUGAAAAACCAGGAGAAACAGAAAGAAAUCAGAAAGACAAACUAGAAAAGGAAAAAAGAGAACGUGAGGUGUUAGAAAAAAUUCUAAAAGAUAGGUUAGAGGAAGAAGAAAGAUUGCGAAAUGCAGCAGUAAUUUAUGAAAGAAGCGAAAGAGAACAGCGUGCCUUAUUUGGUAUUCCUGAGAACGAGGAAAGCGUAGAGGAAAUACCAAGCGACCAUGUAAUAAUGGGAGAUGAUAUCAACAUAAAUGAGAAACCUAGACACAUAUUAGAAAAGGAGAUCCAAGAGGAAUCAAAGAGACAGGAAAAACAGCACGCUGAGUGGGCGAAAAAAGUGGAAAAAGAAUUGGAAGAACAUAAAGAGAACAUGAAAAAGGAAUCAGAUAAAUAUCACAAAGAGGAACAAGAGAGGUUAAACAAAGUUCUAAAAGAUAAAGAGAAAUAUGAAGCAGAAAUGGCAGAAUCAUCAAAAGCAUAUGUAGCAGCAAACCUUGAGCAAGCAAAUAAAGUUUUAAAAGAAAAAGCGAAGAAUGACGAAAUGAUGAAAGAGGAAUCAGAUAACCACGAAAAGCAUCAAUAUGACAGGUUAAAGGAACUCUUAAAAGAAAAGGCUAAACAUGAAGAAGAAAUGAAGCAAGAAUCAAUGUUAUUGGCAAAACAGGCAAAAGAGAGAGCUGAGGAAGAACAGAUAAAUACUAAAGAAAAACAAAGACAAUACAGAGACCAGAAAGAAUAUGAGAACAAGUUAGAAAGAAAAAUAAACGAAGACGAUGAAAGCUCAAUAGAAUCAGAAUCAGAAGUGGACAAGCAAACCGAGCUGCAAGCAAUACCAGGAAGCAAGCCAUCUUUCAACAAAGUUAACAUUAAACCAUAUAAGAAUAUAGAAGACGAAUAUAAUAACCGCAUAGCGGAGAGCGAGUCAGCUGCAAACGAUGAUGAUCAGUCAUCAGGGGAGGAUGAACUAGUAAUAAUGUCUUCUACAACUAAUCCAAUCAUUAGAAAAGAAGGAAAUAAAGAAUACGCUUUUGUACAAAAUCCAGAAUACGCGGAAUAUCACGAGGCAUACGCAAAAAUGCAAAAGGAACAUCCCUUUAACCCGGCGGAUUUUCUUAAAUAA